CUGACAUUAAGCCUGCCUGAUACUGAAAAACUCAGCUGGCUGAAGUUCAGGUGACAAGAUUAUUUCGGUUGAUAAAACUAUUAUUAACUUUCUCGCAUUUAUUCGACAAUCAAAAUUUAAUGAUAUCCCGUAAUGAACUUUGGACACUUUAAUAUUUAUCAAGAUAAGUAAUAUUGAUAGGUUAGGUACCUAUCGUAGGGUUUCAAUUGUACCAUUUUCAGUUUUCAACUUCACAGAUAUCGCAUCAUUUUCUAAGCUUUUUAUUUUCUGUUUAAAUCCGUUAAAUUAAUCUAAAAACAUGCCGGCUUUUAUACAUAAUAAUAUUGUAUCUGGCCCUGAAGAAGAGUACAUUCCCGCUCAUUUAUCCUAUGGGCAAUUUAUGUUCGACCAAUUGAAGAAAGGAGGAGAUCAAGUUGCUCUGAUAUCGGGUGAAACUGGAGAAUCUAUUACAUAUACACAGAUUUUAGAGAGUAGUGUUAAAGUGGCCAUGGCAUUGCAAAACCUGGGAUUAAAGAAAGGAGAUGUGGUCAGUCUUAGUUGUGAAAAUAGGUUUGAGUUCCCAGCUGCUGCCCUUGGAAUUAUAUUUGCUGGUGGAAUCCUGUCCACUCUUAAUAUUACAUAUUCCACUGGUGAGCUUACACAUCUAUUAAAGAUCACAAAACCAAAAUUUAUUUUUGUUUCUCCUAUCACUGCUCAUAAUGUAUUAGAGAGUUGUCAAGAAGUGUCCAGCAAUGCAAAACUAAUACUUUUUGGUGAAUAUGAUAUUGUACCGGCACUUAUGUAUGAAAAUUUGGUGAAGGGUGGUGUUAUUAUUGAAGACUUCAAUUUAGUGGAUGUGAAUGGUAUGGAUGACUCAGUGGCGGUGAUGUGUUCUUCGGGAACUACAGGGAUGCCUAAAGGUGUGAUGCUCACACAUGUCAACUUCCUAACAUUGUCUGUACAUAUGAAAUAUUAUUUUACUAUUUCUAAGCUUAAUAAGAAGUCUAGUGGCAAGGAUAUUCUUAGUGGUCUUUCCCUGAUUCCCUGGUUCCAUGCGUACGGUUUCAUCACGACGAUGGCAGUGCUGGCGCUGCGGAUAAGAAUCGUGUUUUUGGUGCGGUUUGAACCAGAACAGUUUUUGAAAACUAUACAAAAUUAUAAGAUAAAUAUGACAACAAUUGUACCUCCAUUAGCUGUGUUCCUCGCAAAAGACCCGCUGGUAGAGAAGUACGACUUGUCGUCACUUCAUGAAGUGUGGUGUGGCGCGGCACCCCUUUCCGUAGAACUGCAAAAGGCUAUCAUUAAGAGGACAGGGUUAGACUUCAUAAAACAAGGGUAUGGGCUGACUGAGGUGACGCAGGCUUGUUGUGUGGAUGUGACGGGGGCGGAUAAAGUGGGCUCGUGUGGCACGCCGGCUCCGGGAAUGAAAAUAAAAGUUUUAGAUAUCGAAACGGGAAAGAAGCUUGGUCCUAACCAAGAAGGCGAACUGUGGAUCAAGUCCGCGCUGCGCAUGAAAGGCUAUCUGGGCGACAAGGCGGCUAGCGACGCACUGUUUGACAGCGAAGGAUUCGUGCGCACCGGAGACAUCGGCUACUACGACAACGACGGCUUUUUCUACAUCGUCGAUAGGCUGAAGGAGCUCAUCAAAUAUAAAGGAUUUCAAGUGGCACCGGCGGAGUUGGAAGCGCUGUUACUGCAGCACGAGGGCGUGGCGGACUGCGGGGUGGUGGGCAGGCCCGACGAGCUGGCCGGCGAGCUGCCCGUCGCGUUCGUGGUGCGCGCUCCGGGCGCCCACCUCACGGACGACGAACUCGUCGCGUAUAUCGCAAGCAAGGUUUCGCCAGCAAAGCAUCUCCGUGGCGGCGUUGUUUUCGUAGACGAGAUUCCUAAAAAUCCGUCUGGUAAAAUAUUGAGGCGCGAGUUGAGGCAGAUGUUGACGAAACCAAAGAGCAAGCUUUAAUGUAUAUGUUAGUAUAGCUUAUACACGUUAAAAUUGAAAAACACGUGACACUUUAGUUAUAUUAUUUUAUUUAUAAAAAGAUGUUUUAUUAUUAUUUAAAAAUUGUUUUAUUUAAACAUAUAUAAUGUACACAGUGUCAAUAUUUACAAUAUACCUACUGAUAUUUACAUUUACUUGUUAGCAAGUGUGUCUUUUAACUCUUGAGGUAUUCGGCUCAAAGCAUAGCUGUGUAAUUCGUCAUUGACAGCAGCCAGCACCCCGGUCUUGUUAGGGUGCGACACCGAAGCUCCAUAUUUGUAAAAAUUUCCGAUUAUGUCUGUCAGUUUGCCUCCAGCCGCCGAUAAAAUAGCCUCGGGCGCACAGGUGUCCCAUUUCUUACAACCAGGGCUCGCAAACACGUAUACGGAAGCUCUUCCUUCUAAUAACUGCAACACCUGAAAUAUAACAGAAAUUGAGUAUAACUUAAAAAUAGUAGGUUUUAUAUAAAUAGUGGUUUGUUCAAUAAUUAAUUCUAAAAAUUAUCAUUUAUGAACUUUGUGUAAUAUAGUGUUUACAAAGUGUAGCAUUAUUAUACCUUAUAACCAGCACCUCCAACUCUCAGAACAUGAGAAGCAUUCAUUACUUGUAGCGCCUGUUCUACAACAGGGUUAGAAUGACUCCUAGUAGUAGUGAUAAUCAGCGAGUCUGGCGGAGGCGCGGGAGUGUAGCCGCCGACUCCGGCGCCCUGUAGUCCCCAUAUUGUUCUGCCCAUUUUUUUCUCGCCUCCGACUAAAGUUUUGUAGUAUGGUUGAUGUAUGACACCAGCCACUGGUUUCUCAUUCACUGAUAU